AUGGAUGAUCUCAAGUUAUUCGCCUCCAGUCGCUCUCAUCUUAUGGAAUUGCUAAACAUCACUUGUGAUUUUAGCGAUUCUAUUAGAAUGGAGCUGGGGACGGAUAAGUGUGCGGUCCUCCAUGUCGAAAGGGGUAGGGUUGCUAACUCUGAGGGCAUAGACUUAUCUAUGCCCAUCAACAUAAAGACCCUAUCCGAGGCUGAAACAUACCGAUACCUGGGUAUGUCACAGAACAUAGGUAUCGAUGAGGCGGACAUGAAACAGUCAGUUUGCGGUGUGUUUUAUGCACGCUUGACAAAAGUACUCAACAGUCUUUUGUCGGGCGUUAAUAAGACACAUGCAUAUAACGGUUGGAUCAUGCCUGUUCUCAUGUAUACCUUUGGCAUGCUCAGGUGGACUCAGACCGAACUGAACGCUCUGGACAGAAAAGUCCGCACUAUAAUGACGUCCCACAGGAUGCAUCAUCCGAGAUCAACUUUACCUAGCAAACUCUGGAGAAUGCUAGGUAUAGUUCUUCAUUAUAAAAAGAGCAGUAGAAUACACAAUCAGCAAUAG